AUGUCCUUUUACGAAAGCUGCGAAAACGUUCGCAUUGAGAUCAAUGACGACGCAAUCUACCUGCACUGUGAUGCCCGCAAUGAGGAUGGUGAAUCCCAAUCUGCCUCCUUGAGACUCGAUGACUUUAUUGGCAAUGAAGAUGGCUGGUUCAUGUGGGAUGGAGUGAAUGCCGGCCAGAGUGCCCACAAUGUUGAGCUCGAUGGCUCAAUGCUGACAGCGGAGCUGCCCAUGAGAGACGGUGGCCACAGAGAAAGACAGGGUAUCGACCUGAAUGAUCGGAUCAGCAAUGAGAACGGUCGGUUGGAGCUCCAAUGGCUUGCAUCUGGCGGUCAAUACCAUGUUUGCAAGCAAUUGCUCUAA